AUGGAAAAAAUAGCUAAGGAUCAAGGGCGACAACAGAUACCUGAUGAGUUCAAAAUUCUUCUAAAUAAGAAGUUUGUCUUCAAAGUUCAGAUAUCCAUGUUCAAUCUGCAGAACAACUAUCGUGCUUACACUGUGCAUAAGUUAACUGAUGAUGAAAGGGUUCUUGCUGAGGUGACAAAACGGUCACCAAAUCAUCAACAUCAUAAUAUAAAUGAUAAUGGUACUCCUAUUAACAAGCCAAAUAAGGAAAAUACUAAUUCUGUGCAUGAUGACAAUCUUGAUGUUGUUGACCUUGAAGCUGUAACACCAUCAUCGAGUACGGGGAAGCGCCCUAUUGAGAUUGAUGCCAACACUGACUCUUUGGAGUGGUCUUCUUCAAAAACUCGUGCUGUACGGGAUACCUUGAAGAUCCCAAAGUUGGAAAAGUUGGACUAAUAUGAAGCCGCCCAUCAAAAUUUUACAUAUCAUCUUCGAUAUGUUUAUAGACAUUUUCUUUUUAAUCUUUUGUGUGUCGCAUUUUAAAUUGUCUGUUUAUUGAUCUUUUGGUUGUUUUUAAAAUUUUAUUGAGUUUUUAUUUGGUGUGUACACGAUGAUAGAAUUGGAGGUUAUGACAAUUUCAAGUUAUUGAACUCUUUUGAUUUAAUGC